AUGACAGCCAUCCUGGAGCGGAUCAGCACGCUGUCCCUCAGCGGGCAGCAUCUCAGCCGCCUCCCCAGGCUGCUGGAGGAUGGCUUCCCCCAGAUGCCUUGCACAGUCAAAGAGUGUGAGGUGCCGCAGCUCUUCCGUGAGCCGUACAUCCACACCGGCUACCGUCCCACCGGCCAGGACUGGCGGUACUACUUCCUUAGCCUCUUCCAGAAGCACAACGAGGUGGUCAACGUGUGGACUCAUCUCCUGGCAGCGCUGGCCGUGCUGCUGAGAUUCAAGACGUUUGUGGAGGCUGAGCAGCUACCCGUGGACGCGUGGUCCUUGCCUUUGCUCAUCUUUGUCCUCUCCUCUGUCACCUACCUGACCUGCAGCCUCUUGGCCCACCUACUGCAGUCCAAAUCUGAGCUGUACCACUACACGUUCUACUUUGUGGACUACGUUGGAGUCAGCAUCUACCAGUAUGGCAGUGCCCUGGCCCAUUUCUAUUACAGCUCCGACCAAGCCUGGUACGACAAGUUCUGGCUUUUCUUCCUGCCGGCAGCUGCUUUCUGUGGUUGGCUCUCUUGUGCCGGCUGCUGCUACGCGAAAUAUCGGUACCGACGGCCUUACCCCAUCAUGAGGAAGAUGUGCCAGGUGAUCCCAGCCGGGCUGGCGUUCAUCUUGGAUAUCAGUCCUGUGGCUCACCGGGUGGUUGUGUGUCACCUGGGGGGCUGUGAGGAAGAUGCUGCUUGGUACCACACGUACCAGAUACUGUUUUUCCUUAUCAGUGCAUAUUUCUUCUCCUGCCCGGUCCCUGAGAAGUACUUCCCUGGCUCCUGUGAUAUCGUUGGCCAUGCCCACCAGAUCUUCCACACCUUCCUGGCCAUCUGCACCCUAUCACAGCUGGAGGCCAUUCUUCUGGAUUACAAGAACAGGCAGGAGAUUUUCCUGAAGAGACAUGGGCCUUUCUCCAUUUAUCUCUCCUGCAUCUCUUUUUUUGGCCUGGUGGCUUGUAGUGCCAUCACAGCUUACGUCCUGCGAUGCAGGAUCAAGGCCAGCCUGGCUAAAAAGGACUCCUGAGAGUCACGAAUGUGAUGGGUGUGGCAUCACCAAGGUGGUGAAAAAUCAAGAAAAGGGGCAUAACAUGUUAGAGACAUAACGGGCUUAUUUGCUUAACACACUGUGACUAACCUGGACCCUGGACUCAGGUGGAGGGCUGGAGACUUCGUGCUGGACACAUUUUCACAGCAGGGGCUGCUUUUUGCCAUCCUGGGAGAUAUGGGGUGUUUUAAGCCAGAACAAGUCGUUUAACCAAGGAUGCUGGAAUAGGCAGAGGUUUCUUGUUCAUUCUGAUAAAC